AUGUUUCAGCCCGGAGAUAAAGUCUUCGCGAAGAUGAAGGGAUUUCCUUUUUGGCCCGCUAGGGUCGAUCCCGUUCCUGACCAUGUUGAGGUACCAAAAGGAAAGCUUCCUGUUUUCUUUUAUGGAACUCAUCAAGUGUCAUUUCUUCCUUCCAAGAGUCUCGUAAGUUUUGAAGCUAACAGGGAUUCGCACGGAAAAAGAAAGAAUGUCGCGAGAGCAAUGGAGGAAAUUGAUUUGGAUCCAGAUGUUUUGCUUCUCGGCAAAGAUCCUUCUGCUGAAGCUUUUUGGGAGUCUAUGUAUCCCCGUACAUCUGCUGUUAUGGAGCUAAAACCGGAAUCUGUUUCUUCGCGUUCCCUUAGUCCCCUACCGAUAAAGGCUACUAAACGCAAGACCUCUAAAGCCACUCGUACCCCAGUUACUAAACGUCGGCGAUCAGAUACCAAAGAUGAUGAAUGUGACAGUUUAUCUUCUUUAAGUGAAUUUGAAGUUGCAGAGCCAAGGGUUACAACUAUUGAUGUGGAGACACUCAAAAGGGGACUUUUCUCAAAUAAGGAACCGACUAGUGAUAAGCCUACGAAAGUGUCUAGAAAGAAGAAACGCCAGAAUUCUAAAGACACUAAGGAGUCGUGUUCUUUGUCCAAACUUUCAAGGGUAUAUGAAAAUGCUGUUGAAAUGGAACAUAAACUCGAGGGAAAUGCUGAAUCUAAUGACAAUUCCUCUAUUGAAAUUAAGGAAAUAAAUGCCAACGAUGUGUCUAUUGGCGCAUUAUUUGGUGCAAAACAACCCACUAACGAACCACAACAGAAAUCCCAACUUUCCACAACUCACUUUCAGUCUCCUCUCAUUGACGGGGAAAAUAGUUCUGACAUAUCGGUUGGUUAUGUUUCGCCAAUAGCUGAAAAGUACAGGGAAUCUAAUUUCCGAACGAAGCGUGCAGUUAGUAGUUUAUCGGACUCGGAUGAUAAAUCUCUUGACGAGGAUUUAAAUCGCAAUACUGAGAUGGGACCUUCUCCAUCCUAUGUUGUGAAUGGCAAUGCUCACAUUCAUGACAAACUUGAUUUUGAGAUCAACGAUGAUGGUUUUAUCAAAUCGCCUAAUAAGUCUGCUUGUUCUGAGCUCAAUUCCUGGCGUGAUUCCCCUGUUCUCGAGCAACCAGAUGAAAUGAGCGAUGAAAAUAAUGAUAGCGCUCUUACACGAACAAUUUCGGUGAAUCCUCUUCGUACUGACGUAAAUGAGGCAGAAAAAAUUCCAUCAUGUGAUUCGAUUCGUGAAGCCAAUACUCACACUGGCCCUAGCACCCCUUGUUCUGAGUCGGCUAAGCAAGAUUUGGUCUUCGAUGAUGCCCAUCGGAACAAACCGGAAUCAAGAAAGAAUAAUAAACGUAUUCGAACGUUUUCUGGGAGCGAAUCUGAAAGUGACAAAUCAUCAAAGUCUAGAAUUAGUAAGAAGCUUUCCCGGAAAAGAAGACGUAAUCACCAGCGUGCUAUUGAAAGGGAAUAUAAAUCCGAAGAAAUUAAAUCGAAGAAGUCUGUUGAAAGAAAAGAGGCAAAAAGCGGCGUUGCUCCACCUGCCAUUGAUACCACUCAGCAUCUUCGCAAUUUGGUGUUAAAGCUAAAGUCGAGUUUGCUGCGUGGUCGUGAAAAUUACGGUGCUGCUGUUAACGUGUUAGAAUGCAUACGUGCGACGCCAGUUACUUUGCUUCAACUUACUGAAGUGUGGGAACUCACCGACUGUGUAAAGAAGUGCAAGAAAUAUCGUCUUUCUGAGGAGGUGCGAAUUGCGGCCUCCAAGACCAUAGCCCGUUUUCAGGAGAUUCAGAGUGGAGCUUCUAAGGAGGAGGUAAUCAAAGUCAAGGCUAUUCUGGAGGAACGAAACAAAACUCGAAAACAGCAGGAACACGAACAAUGUAAACUACAGGAGCCUUCGAAAACGCCUGAAAAUAAAUCUGCCUCCGAAAGUACUCCUAAAGAGAUGGUAGUUGAAGUUCAAGUUUCUUCUGUAACCCAGUCUCCAAUCUCAAAUUUAUCGCCAGAUCAAACUAAACGAAAAUUUUCUCUGGAAGCUUUGCGGGCAGAGUUAGAUGAAAAGGCCAAUAACUUACUAGCUCGAUUAGCAGCUACUGAGGCACGUUUAAUGGCUGAGCGUAGCAAGAAAUCAAACAGUAAUGAAACGACUCCCAAAAAUCAGUCAUCUACUCAACCAAUCCCCCAUCGGAAAGUUGAGGAAGCUCUUUCCCGUGUUGAUGAGGUUGCAAGUCGAUUGACAGUGGAUCUGGAUGCUGGAUCUGGAACUGAUCCUCUUCCACCUCCCCCGCCACCCCCUCUCCCUUUUCUUUCUCAAAAUCGACUUUCUUCCAAUCGUUCUCAAAACUCCCAACCGGUUGAUUUAGACACUCGUAUCAGUCAGCUGAUGAAGGGUGUCAUUACCCCAACGACCACGUCUCCCAAAUCCCAUCGUUCCGAGUCAUCUUCUGAACUGCCAUCUACAAAACUUCUAGCUAUUCGUGAGGAGAUUAAACGGAAACGGAAAGCUACAGCAGAAAAGAAGCAGGAAUUGCUCGAUGCUGCUCGGAGGGACAAAUCUAAGGAUGAUGUGAUCUAUGAUCUUCUCGGCGUUUAG